AUGAGUAAUUUAAACAGCAAUAUACCGGCGUAUUUUAGUAUCGCCUUUGUUGCGUUAGCUACUGGUUUUUAUCUGGGCCAAACCAUACCUCAACUAUCUGGUCAAGAAGAAAACAAACCAUUGCAUCCAAAGAAAGGUAAUAAAAACGUUGCUACGAGUACUGAUCAUGUUACCGAUAAAGAAGCCUUUAAUAGCGAGGAAGAAGAAGAAUCUGAAGAAGAAUCUGAUUAUGAAAUUGAAUCCUUGGCCUUGAAUGAUAUCCCUGGUGAAGUUAGAAUGGCUUUGGUCAUAAGAACUGAUUUGAAGAUGGAGAAAGGUAAAGUUGCAGCCCAAUGUGCUCAUGCUGCUCUUGGAUGCUUCCGUUUGAUAGCUACAGAUCCAUCAAAGAAAUCAUAUAAUCCUCUUUUAACCAACAGAUGGCUGCAUGGUGGUCAAGCAAAGAUUACAUUAAAAUGUCAAAAUAAAGAGAUGAUGGAUGAAUUAUAUGCAAAGGCAUUAUCAUUAGAUGUAAAUGCCGUAGUAAUCCAUGAUGCUGGCAGAACACAAAUUGCUGCAGGUAGUGCUACUGUACUAGGUAUAGGUCCUGCACCAAAAUCAGUAUUAGAUCAAAUCACUGGUGACUUGAAACUUUACUGA